AUGCAGAAACCGCCUCAUCGUGGCAGAGCUCUCGCCCGACAACAACGAGGAACAUGUCCAUUGGUCGAUAACCCAGCUGCGGGGGAGCUCUGCUGCGGCUUCCAACGAGUUCAGUGGUGGAAGAAGGGAUACGAUCACUGGGAAACAUAUGACGGCGCGAGCGGGAACCAGGCUCAGCGAACCGUUCUACCGUCGGAUCCUUUCGAUGUGUGCAUCGUGCGCGCUCUGGCUCACGAGAUUCGCCAGUGUCCCGCUUGCCGGCAGCGUUUUGCGGAGACGUUCGGGAUCCCGGAUCUGUGGUGGAAGAAAUACUGCAGAGGUGCCAACGGUUAUUUCGGUUGCGAGACGACUGUGGGCGACAAUGGCGCCAUUGCCGCGCUGAAUACGUGGGCACGUUUCCAAGUCAAGCUCACCAACGAGGACCACCCGGGCUACGAGUGGCUGAAGCUCAACACUUUUACCCGAUGGACUCCCACCCAGACGAUACUCAUCAUCUUCGACCUCCGGGAACCGCUGGCAAGCUGCAUGAAGCGAGUGCCUAAAGAGGAAACAGAGAGAGAUCCUCUUUUCGAACUCCCGGAUGAGUCGCAUUGGAUAGAUCCUUAUUGGGCAUACAUCCGCAUCCUGGAAAAGGUCGCGACGCUGCAGGAUGCGGCGGUCUGGGCUGUGCGCGACACCGUCAGAACGACCGAGAAGAUGCGGUACGGAAAUGGUUCGACAUCUCCCGACAUGCCGAAGCCGGCGCCUGACUACCGCCACCUCCACGAAACCGCGAGGCACGCCAUACAUGUGUCGGAGACUCUGGACACAGGCGUCAAGGCAGCGAGGAAGAUUCUGCUGGAGCACGACAGUCACAAGGCAGGGCCGGGGCCGGCUGGCGCCCAGCCUGAUGCUGCCUGGACAAGGGCAUGGCACCACACCCAUCAGCGUCUGUCGUUCUACGAGGAUAUGCUCAGCAGCCUUCAGGAGCGCUCAGCUUCCAACAAGGCCCGGCAGUACAACGAGAUCUCUCUUGCCUACAACAUGGUGGCCCAGGCCGACUCGAGCAUGUCGGUGCAGAUUGGUCAUCUCACGCAAAAAGACAGCGAGGCCAUGAAGACGAUUGCCUUCCUGACGCUCCUGUUCCUUCCGGCGACGUUCGUGUCUGCCGUCUUCAGCACGUCCUUCUUCGAUUUCGAUGCCGACUCGGGACUAUGGCAGGUUUCGGACCAGUUCUGGCUCUACUGGGCAGUGGCCAUACCCAUCACCACAGCGACGGCCGCCCUGUGGUAUUGCCGCCACGGGCUGCCCCCCUCUGGACUUCUCAAGUCUCUGCAGCGGGACCAGGCUCCUUCGAAUGCGAAACACCUCGAGGAGGGGCGUGUUGAAGCCUUCGCGGCCUUCCGCCGUCAAGUGCAGAAGAGAGAAGUGUGA